AUAAAGCAGCACAUGGCAGAGGCAGCCCGGGAGGUGAGGGGUGGCUUCCUGCCAUUCUUCUUCUGCCGGGCUCUUGGGUUCCCAGGGGCCGCCAUGCCAGGAUUGCUGGGGCUUAUUCUCGGCUGCCUGGCUGCCUGGAGGCAGGGGGUCUCUCUCCGGCUCACACUCACCAGGGAGGGUGGGGAAGGAUCUGGCUUUCCAUGGGCCAGCCACAAGCCGCGAGGCUGUGGCCAUGAGUCGCUUCCACGGACUGUGUCGAAUGUGUGCAGAGCAGAGCUACCAGCAGAUUACAAUUCCACGUGGAAAUAAUGGAUUUGGGUUCACCAUCUGUUGUGACUCCCCUGUCCGAGUUCAAGCAGUGGACUCUGGCAGUCCAGCCGACAAGGCAGGCUUACAGCAACUGGACACGGUCGUCCAGCUCAACGAGCAGCCCGUGGAGCACUGGAAGUGUGUGGAGCUGGCCCAUGAGAUCCGGAACUGCCUCCACGAGAUCACCCUGCUGGUCUGGCGCAUCGUCCCGCAGGUCCAAGCUGGCCCCGAGGGCGUCGUCCGCCGUUCCUCAUGCAAGUCAGCCUGCGACUUGCAGUCCGCGUCCAGCCGGCGGGAGAAGAGUCCUGCGGCACGCUCCCGGCCCCGCGAGCAUCGGCAGAGCUUCCACCUUGUGUACAAUGGAGACGGCGGGCAGGGACCCAACGGCUGGGAGCGCUACACAGAGCUGGGGAAGAUCCCCCAGCGGCCCCAUGUGCCACCACCACCCCGCCCACCCUCCAGUCACACAGGCGACAAGAACUACAUAAUCUUGGCCCCGUUCAGCCCGGGGAGCCAGCUGCUGAGGCCGGUUCCCCAGGACAGCAUCGCCUCUGCAGGCGGCACGUGCAAGGGCGGCUCCCAUGGCAAGAAAUCCCGCCUUAUGAAGACUGUGCAGACCAUGAAAGGCCACAGCUCUGGUGCCCAGGCCUGCACCGAGGCUCGGCCCCACGCCCCCCACUCCAGCUACGGCACAUACGUGACGCUGGCCCCCAAGGUGCUCGUCUUCCCCAUCUUCGUGCAGCCCCUGGAUAUUUGCAGCCCGGCCCGGACACUGCUGUUGUCGGAAGAGCUGCUGCUUCACGAGACCCGAAACAAGCCUACAAAGGUAACUCUCUUCAUCUACUCAGACUUGCUGCUGUUCACCAAGGAGGAUGAACCUGGGCAGUGUAAUGUCCUUCGGAACCCCCUGUACUUGCAGGAUGUCCAGCUGCAAGAGGAUUCCUCUGAGGAUCUGAAGUUCUGCAUCCUGUACCUGGCUGAGAAGCUGGAAUGCGUGCUCAGCCUAGAGGCCCAUUCCUGUGAGCAGAAGAAGAGAGUCUGCUGGUGCCUGGCCAACCACAUCGCCAAACAGCAACCAGUCACGUCACCCACGGCUCCACCCGCGGAGAGCAAGAUGCUUAAGCCAGAGGUCGAGAGAGCAGAAGCCGUGUCCCCUGCAGUGGAGGAUCAGUCCAGCCACAUUGCCUGUCCGGUGGCAGAGGAGCUGGCCAAGGAGAGCACGACAGAGGCCUGGGGCGCCCCCAGAGCAGCGGAGCCCAGGGUGCAUCCAGUGGAGCACAGGAAGGAGGAGUGGGGAUGCAAGGAAGAGCCCCACAGCAGCCCCACGGCCUUCACGCCCCCCAAGCUGCAGCUGGACAGCACCUUCCGCCAGGGCGUGAUGGACAUGGCCACUUUGGAGCUCGGUGGCCUGGUGGGCCUGGAGGAUGAGGGGGAGGAAGAGGAGGAGGAGGAGGACAGCGACGAGGGCUACCUGAAGCGGCAGGAAGGGAAGCGUGCUAGCAUGUUCGAGGCACUGGCCCAUGAGCCAGCCUGCAGCCUGAGCGCACAGAGCUCCCUGUGCCGCCGUCGCACCCACAGCGAAGGCAGCCUCCUCCAGGAUCCCUGGGACGGCAACGGCUUCCCCUCGGACACCAGCCUGAACUACACUGAGGGGCAGCGGGGCCCCAGCACAAGCUGGACGCUGCCGUCGCCCAAGUCCCUCAAGGAGCAGCUCGCCAGGAACGGAGGCUCUGUCCACCAGCUCACCCUGCUCUUUGUUGGGAACCACAAGCAGAGGCAGCAGAGGCAGCAGCAGCACACGCCGCACCCGGGAUGCGCCUGCAGCCGAGGAGGCCGAGCUGACCGCAAGGGCAAGCGCCUGGCCGAGGACAUGCGGAGCCGGCUGGGCCUCUUCCGGAGGAGAAGCGCGUCGCCGGACAGCGCCGUGAAGCCCCUCAGGAGCUUGAGGCAGCUUCCAUGGUUCUCCCCCUCUCAGUCUUCUCACAACAACAGCCCCGUGAGGCCCUCCCCUGAAGAAGCCAUCAAGUGGGGAGAGUCCCUGGAGAAGCUGCUCCAGCAUAAAUAUGGCCUGGCUGCCUUCCGUGCCUUCCUGUGCACAGAGUUCAGCGAGGAGAACUUGGAGUUCUGGCUGGUGUGUGAGGACUACAAGAAGAUCAAGUCCCAGUCCAAGAUGGCCUCUAAAGCCAAGAAGAUCUUCCUGGAAUACAUUGCGAUCCAGGCGUGCAAAGAAGUCAACCUGGACUCCUACACUCGGGAACACACCAAAGAGAACCUGCAGAAUAUCACCCAGAACUGCUUUGACCUUGCCCAGAGGCGGAUCUAUGGUCUGAUGGAGAAGGAUUCAUAUCCCCGCUUCCUGCGCUCAGACCUAUACUUGAACCUCAUUAACCAGAAAAAACUCAGUCCUCCGCUCUAGAGGGGAGCAGAUUUGCUCCUCUGGGGAUGCUGUCCUAGGGAGGUGUCUGUUUACACAUGAUCGAUGGCCGAUAUAGGUGGGGGCACUGCUGAGAUGCAGAACUGUCUCAUUCCUCCAGAAGGUACCCACCAGGAACUGGAGAACUUAGCAGUUCAGUCCCAGUCCAAACCAGGAACCUGCUUGCUUCCUCCGGUACGACGAUGUCCCAGUGACCAAGGGGCUGAGGGUUAGAGAUCCUACCAGACCACUGUGAAAUUCAGAGGUGUCUUGCUUGCUCUGGACAUGGCAGGCUCAGAGGGGUCCUUUCCUAAACAUGGAACUGGAUUGGGCCAAGAUGGUGCUGCAAACGAGGAGUGCGCAGACACUGCCACUCCUUCCAAGAGACAAGCACGAAAGGCCCGUGCUUUGGGGAACACGCAAGCACUCGGGGCGCCUGGCCUGCACAAAAGACCCUUCUUACCUGCUCUUGUCAGUAAUGAUUGCCCAGAGCUGCUGCUCCUCUCUGCUCAUCAGGCUGUCAUCUUUCUGUGUAGGAUUAUUUAUUGAAAUUUCUAGCCAGAUGCUCAGUGGAUUGCGCUCCAUGAAAAUCUCUCAACUUCCUAUUGAGGGUUUUUUUUUUGUUUUGCUUUUUUAAUUUAAGUGCAAUAUUAUUACAUAUCCUCUCUCCCCCACCCACUUAUUUCUGGGAACUUUCCUGUGAGAUGAAUGUGGGUAUGUUCUGGUAGUGUCCAGCAUCUGUUAGAUCUGUUUUAUUUCUUCUGUCCCAGCAGCAGGCAGCUGGGAGAUUUAUAAAAAGAGGGUGUAGUGCACCUCCAUGGCAAACUUUGUAUAGGUGAAAACCGGUUGUAUGACUCAGAAGCUAUCUUUGUACUGUCUGCAGUGCGGCAGGGUGCACCAGAGAGGGGUGCAAAGGAGUGUGAGCAUCUGCGUGCGCCCCCUUGUUGAUGUUUUGGCCCAAACACAGUUUUCCUCUUCCUCCCGCAAGGAGUCUGACCAACAGGCGUUUGACCAGCUGCCCAGUUUACAGCUCAAGCCCAUCACUGUAGUCAGUCAGAAAACCCCACAGAGUUUCUUGAUGUGGUCAGUUAAUUAGGACCAAUAAAGAGAUGCUAGAACUUAGCUACUGCCUCCUUCCUGUUUUUCCGCUGCAUUUAGCUCCCAAGGCAGUUCUGCCAUGCCCUUGGAUGACAACAGAUGAGGAGCCUGAAGCACGAGAUAAUUUGGGUCAGAACCCUCGUUAGUAAGGAAGCCUGCACAUGCCCAGAAAGCCCUGCCUGUCUUUUCUGGUCCAGCUGAGCGGGAGCCAUGCAUCGCUCUCCCAACAAGUGACAAAACGGCAUGCUAUGGUCAGGAUGCCAGCCAGGCCCUGUCCCAUGGCACUCCUCUGGCUCUCCCUCCCUGCGUCAUCAUUCAGAGGAUGUACAACAUUCUCAGUCCUUACAGGGCUUCUGAGGCUGGGCUGAGGACUUGUUUCCAAACCUCAGAUGUAGCCUUGGCCCCCUGCCCUAAAACACACAACUACCUCUCUGCACAUGCAUGCGACUUUGUUCCGUCAGUUCUUUCUUUUAAACAAUUAGGUUGCAAUACAUGGCCUUUUAAAAGCUCUACCUUGUAUCUCCUGUCUUUUAGGAUCAGCAUAAUCAGAAUCAUGUCUUGAACAGGGGGUUCUUUCUCUCCCCGCCCUGCACAGCAGAUGCGACAAGCAGAUGCUCUGAGCACUGAGUUUAAGAAGAGCCAGGUGUGGGGAGGGCUGCUCCGGUGUCAGGUAUUGCUGGCGUGGGUGCCAGCCAGGACUGAGUGCCCGUCCCCGCUUCCCCUCUUUGCCUCAGCAUCCCUUCAGGACUCUCUUGCUUCGGCACCUCAGCAAGUGGCGUCCAGCAAGAGAGGGAAUAUCCAUACAUAUUGCCAAGCUGAGAUCACUUUAGCAAGCUGCAAAUUUGCUCUGGGAGGUGUUUCUGUGGUUUGUGUGCCCGAAAGGAAAGCACCUCUGCUUCCGAGAGGGCACAGGAGGAGGGAACCGGGCCAGAUGCACUUUUUUAGAAGGGUAGAAUGAGGCUUUUGAGGAAAGGGGGAGUCAUGCCAGCGUUUUCAUGCAUUUGACUUCAGAGUUUCCUACCCUGGAAUCAUGUGGCGCUUCUCUUGAACUAUAGUCAGAGCUAUAUAAUCUUCUAAUGUCCAGAAAUAGGAAGGCAGGCGGAAGCCGCGGUGUUUCCUUCCAGGCUGCUGGCAAAGAUGAACGUAGCAGAAGGAACUGAGCGGGGUUGACUCGGUGGGCCUUGGCCAGAUCCAGCAGAGCUCUUCUUAUGCUCUUCCUAGGUAUAGUUUGUCAUCUUGAUAUGUUAUUAUGUAUUUUCUUUUUGUUGCCUUUGUCCCAUUGACUUCAGGAUGACUUUUAACAUUGUCCUGUUAUUUCAAAAUAAAAUAAAAUUUCAUGGAAAAGAAUAAUCCCAAAAUUUACAAAGUAAAAUACUUUUAUUAGUCCAGCUCAUAAAACAUAAACACUGUUUUUGAGAUCUUCUGAUGUCUCCACUGGGCACUUCAUUUAUUGAAUUUGCAGACUGUUCUUUCACGGACGGUGCCUCGACUUGGGGAGGCCUGGUCCUCUGGGCUCAGUGGGCCAAAUUCAUGGCCUUUGAAUUCCAGUGCUGCGUCAAGGGUUGCCUCCAGCCUGGCUGCCCAAGGGGGUUCUUCCCCCUACAACCAUCCUGGGGUGGGAGUCAGGCCAGAGAAUGCUCUGCCUCUGACCAGGCCCUCGUAGCACCGGCAAGAGCAGCAGCCCCACUGGGGCCGCAAGAGUGACCAGGGGCCAGGUGGCUUCUGCUCUUUUGGGUGUCCUGCUUUUUGUAUCCAUAUUUGGGGUUAGCCUGGGUGGCGGUGAUGAUCCACUCACCCUCCAGACCUUCGGAGAUCAAGCCCCCCACCCUGAUUCUGUGGGGUAACUGUCCGUCAGCACCCCGAGCCUGCCCUUCUGCACGCUCUGCUCUUGGUCUCCGAGGCCAGCAAACACUUGAGUCUGUUAGGGCGAACUCGAGAACUGAGCUUGCUCCUAAAAGCGCCCUUUUCUCCGAGGAUGGUGGUUGUCAGAUGAUGUAGCUUGAGCACUCUGUGAAGGUGAAGGUGAAGGCAUUUAUGCUGCUGAUGGUGGGUGUCCAGGUGUCAGGACGGAAAGUCCCUCGCCCCACAGGAGGAUCACGGGAUGUGAUGGCGGGCCGGGCAGGCUGCUUCCUGAGGGCGGACUUCCACUGCUGUUCAGAUUAGUGAGCUAGCACAGUCCACUUUCCUCUCAGGUGCUAUAUAACCGUCUUACACUGCACUAUAUAAAUGGCGCUUUAGUGUUGCUUUUAAUUCACAUUUAAAGUUGUCAGUGGAAGUUUCUGUUCCGCUUGCUGUAGCUGAGUAAUGCAGCUGCACCACGGGUUUGUUGCUAUCUAAGCUAAUUUUCUGUCAUCUUGUUGUGAUAGCUGCCGGGAGAGGUGCCAUUUGCCCUCUGGUUUUUGGAUGGCCAAAGAAGCUGCUUUAACGACAACGGAGAGUUCAAAAAUACACUCCCUGCUGCAAGGGACGGAAACGCAUGUAUAUCCCGAAGACCCAUGGAUGUGGUGGGUGUGCUGUCUCCCUGGAAGAUAGAUUAAUGAUGUACCUGGAGGAUGGGCAGGGCUCAUGUGUGUCAUUUGAAUUUGGGAAUCUGCAGGAGAUUUCCGCCAUGUCGUGCUGCCUGGGCGUGUAGCAGAAUUUACUAGUGGCUGGGCCAGCUUCCCUCCCGGCUCGCCCCUGGAAAUGACACCAAUUGCGCCUUCCUGAAUGUGAAUCCGAGCAAAUGGUCCCCCCGUGCCACUUCUGUUUUGCAGGCAUUGUGUGCAGAGGGAGUGGCAGUGGCAGCCGCUCACGUGGAGGCUUCCAAGCGGACGGGCAAGCCUUCCAGUGGACAGGACUCCCCCGGGGAGCUCUGUGGUUGGAGGCGGCCUCCUCCAAGUCCCAGGUGCCUGGGGUCAAGGAGCGGGGGUGGCCAGUUGUCUGCUGCCCUUGUCCGAUGGGUUCCCAGAGGCCUCUGGUGGGCCGUUCCGCACAUCGAGCUGCUGGCGUGGGUGGGUCCCUCUUGCUCCAGUCAGCCAGGUGGGCGGGCGAGUGGGGGACAGGUGGAGAAGCCAGACCUGACUGCCAAGCAAGGGACUCAUCUUCCUCUUUGCCCCAGAUCAGAUCGCAAAGUGAAGCUUGACUGCCAUCUUUCGGUCAGCAAGAGAACUGAAGCCGAACGAGAGCAAGGGGGCAGCUAUGCAUGGUCAGCUCGCCGUGGAGCAACAUUCUUCUGUUUAUUUGGUUGAUUCAUAGCCUUGCAAAUGAUAAACAGCAGCCUACAUACAUAAGAAAACAUAGUGCAUAAAAGAAGUGGAACAUCACAGCAGUUAAAAAAUGCUGGGUAAUAAAAUGGUGAAUAUGCACAGCAGCAUUAAACAUAAAAUGCCAUAAGUCUGUGAGUCAAAAGCCUCAGUAGCAUCUGCUUGGCUCCUUGUUUUCUUUGUAGUCAAGAUGGCGAGUCAGUGGUCCCCCCACCUGCUCUGCAGGGACACCUCAAGGUGCUGAGGGGGUCUGAGCGCCAGAGAAGCUGCAAGCAAUGCAGCAGGAGUCCGACUCUUGCUAGCCUGGUCUGGCUGGCAGGGCCACCCAAGGUGGAAGGGUCAAAGCAGAGACACUCAACCCACAAUCGCAUCAUCCUCUCGACUCAUCCUUGCCUUGCAAAUAGUGAUUCUCAUUGAAUAUGACGUAGUUGCGAGUGGGUACCGUCUUUAAGCAGGCUGCUGCUGGUGGGGCUGCAUCAAAGGGCUUGCUUUCUAACAAGUGUGUUGAGGCCAUGUGACCAGAGAGUGUGUGUAUGUUUGUGUGCGUGCCCCUCUCUGUGCUGUGACUUAAAAGUGUUUUCUGAUAAUGCACAAACAUCAAAUGGGGAGUAUGAAUUGGUGUCACUGGGCUGACAAGUGUGGAACAGGCAUAAAGGGAGAGCUGUCAAUGAACAAAUAUGCAUGGAACGAGACGGGACAUUGCAGAUCAAAGGGGUACGGAUGUCUCAGAUGACAGUCGUUCGGAAUGGCGCUUCCUUAAAAUUGUGUUUAAAUGAGAAAAUUGUGAUUGUGGGAGAGGAGUGCAGCAACAUGCGAAGCGAUGGUUGGCUGGAGCAGACCAAGAUGGGUGGCCAGGUGGUCCCACUUAUUUUUAUUCCCAUGGUCCACUGAUGUGUCCAAGAUACAGAGCAAGGGUGCUUGCUUUAACUGUUCAGUUGCGACCGACUACAAGCGAUCCCGUGGGCCAAUCUCGCCACGCUUUCCAUUCCCGUGCCACCUCUUUCAGCUGAACUAUGCUCUGGCCCACGUCCUCUUUGAAGAAGUCCAACCACUUGCUCUUUGGCAACCUGGUUUUCUCUUGCCACCAAGCAUUAUAUCUUUUUCUAAUGAGCUUGAUCGCAUGACGUAGCCAAAAUGCCUGAGUCUCAGCCCAGCAAGCUGGGAACUAGCAGCGCCUGGCUCUGAGGUGGAAGUUCUUUCAGGCCUCCUGGGAGAUGGGGUUUUGCCGUGACACCUGUGGAGCCAACAAGCCUGCAGAGCAAGUCAUUCACAAAAGCGAAGGGCACUGGUCGCAGGAGUGAGCUCUGUGGUGCCCCACCUGUUCCUAGGCUGAGAAGGUGCCACUGAUUGUACUCUUUGAGUCCUGUACUGUGGCCAACUGUAGUCCCAAGGGAACUGUAGUCCAAGAGGAGCAAAACAGAAAACUUUAUGGUCCAAAAUAAACCAGGGCAGAUUUUUCUGGAACAUGGUAAGAACCUCGAUAUUGGUGUAUUUUUGGUAGCAAGCCUACUCACAAGGAGUUUAAAGCAGUGGAAGCCACUCUUUUCUUGUAAAUAGUGGAACACACAAGAACUAAUAAUGAACUCUGAGGUGCCGUGCACCAGAGGAGAGCUUCUCGUUUCCAGCAAAGGUGAGACUUUUUUUCUAAGACGCUGAGAAAAAUGACACUCCAAGGUGCCCAAAUUAGAAUAAUUUAAUGUGGGCUUAAUCUAAAUAAGAAUUCAAGCGCUGACUUGUCCUCACUGCCUCCCUGCUGAAUUGAGCCAACCGAGUACACGUUGCAGGUAUUUUGUGGGGCGGUAACUAGGUCAGUUAUUUUGGUUGCUCAUUAUUACUUGUGAAAAACGUUUGCAGCACUGUCGGCAGCAACACACAGCACUGGCUUGGCUCGGGCGGCUACAUCUUUGCUGCAGGUGCGUCAAAAUGACCUUCAUUCUCUGAAUGGACCGUUUUUUGGAAGUCUGGUGUCUUUGGAUAUGCUGUUUUGGAAUUCGAUUUCUGGAGUGUGAAAAUCUUCCUCUACCAAUUCUCAGUCACUGUUCUUCACAGCAGAGCCAAGAUUGUCUUGUGCGUGGCUUUAAGUCAGCAACAGAAAUGUGGGUUUGUGAUGCCUGGACCACAGGCAAGCUGCAGAGCUAGCAGAUGGAGAACGUAUGAGGCAGGUUCUCCCCCUCAGCAUGGAAAUGCGAGCAGAGGGCAGCGGUCACUGAAUUUUCAGGGCAGAAGGACUGAGGACUAAGACCGCCACACCUUGGUUAAAUGUGGACCCACACUUCUAAAAACUGAAUAGACAUUUCUCAGUUAUGAUCACUUUAUGAGAUUUACCUUUAAUUAAAACUUAAGUUAGCUACA